GAAAAUCGAUAAAAUUGACAAAAAGGACGGAGGAAUACGCCUGUCUGUACCUUGUAAAUAGACAAAAAGUUAGAAAUCACAAGAGAUAUGAUGAAAACUUUUGGAAUGACUGGCAGGAGCUAAUGCAGCCGAACGAGAGAAGUGUGAUUCAAUCGAUUGAGAAAUGUAAUUUUACCAGAAUAGAAAAUUACAUCCAAAUGAACAAGCUUCAAGAGACCCAAAGAAAGAAAUUGAAAAAAAUGAGGAAGGCAAAUGAAUUUUGCAUGGUUGAUGGGAAGAGGGAAAAAAUAAAGAAUCCGAUGGUAGAGCCUCCUGGAGUAUUCGUCGGGGAGGGAGAUCAUCCCUUAAAUGGAAAGAUUAAACCCAGAAUAACCCCCGAAAUGGUUACAAUUAAUUGUAGUGAGGGUAUAGAAGGUAAACCACCAAGAGGGCAUACAUUUAAGGAAGUUCAACAUGACAACACGGUCUUAUAUCUUGCAUUUUGGCACGACCCUGUCUUAGAUAAAAGGAAAUACAUUGAGUUAAGCGCAUCGUCACGUCAAAAAGCCCAAAGGGACAAAAGAAAAUAUGAAGUUGCAAGAAAUUUACACGGGGAAGUUGUAGGUGUUCGAGACCUGUAUGAAUCCGAUUUUCAUGCCGAGGAUGUGAAGUUAUUACAGUCUUCGCUGGCCUUGUAUUUGAUUGACACGUUUUGCUUACGACCGGGAUAUCAGAAAAAGACAGGAUUUAGUGCAGAAACAAAAGGAUGUUGCACUUUGUCCAGAUCUAACAUCCACUUGUUUCGGAAAGCAAAAACCUAUUGUCUGAAGCUGGAAUUUAUGGGAAAGUCGUCCAUUCCUUUUGAAAAAGAAGUGGAAAUAUCAAAAACAGUCUACGAAAAGUUGAAAAAAAUAUCAGAAGAGAAAGAGGAUGAUGAUAAAAUAUUCGACUUAGUGAAGGCACAAUCUUUAAACAAAUAUAUGAAAAGAUUAUGUGAAUCCAUAGAAGGUGUAACACUAAAAACUUUUCGAACUUACCACGCAAGCACUGUUUUUGAGAAGGAACUGCAAAAUAUAAAGAAAGACAAAAGGAGUCAGAUGGUUACAGAAUUUAACAAAGCCCUCCGGAUAGUGGCUUCCCUGUGUAAUCAUACAAACGUAAACACGGGAAAAGAAAACUAUAUAGACCCCAGGAUAAUAGUUGCUUGGUGCUUAAAAUGGAACAUUCCCAUCCGAAAAAUAUACAAGCCAUUGCAACAAGAAAAAUUCCAGUGGGCAAUAAAAGCUAAGGACCCAAGCUUUAUUUUUGCAAAUUAAAGGGAACGUUUGGUCAGAAUUUAAAUUUCUGUAUAUAAAACUGUACCUCUCAUAUAAAAAGAAAACCUGCAUCUUAUAACACUGCACUGCUGAUAACAGCAGUUAAAUUAGAAUUUAAUAGCUGAAUUGGAGCAGCAUGGGGAAAACCUUAUCAUGGCCGCUGCUGACGUAUUGUAGACAGAUUAAAUGCCAGAUGGCUAGAGUCAAUGUGUUUAUGAUUGCAGAGAAAUAAAAUUCCUUGUAUCAGAAAUAAGCUUAUUCAAACAAUUGUUUAUGUAUAGGAAAUAGAUUAACAUCCUUCUUGGACACAUUUGAACUUUAAAACGUUUGAAUUUUAAUAAAGUAAAAUAAAACAACCUUUGCAGCUAAGUUUUUAAUUAAUGUUAAAUCCAAACCAGUUUAUGGCUUUUUAUUAUUAAUUCCUUCUUUUAUUUUCCUGAAUUCUGAAACACUAGAAGCAUAAUAAUGUGAAUUAUAUUUCCUUUAUUACAUUCAGAUCCAAAUUAAACUGCACACACUUAAUUGGCACGUUUUCACUACUUGAUUCCGACUUGAUAAUGAUUACACUUAGAGCCAAUGUGCCCCCAAUACGUCAUAAAAGUGAGGAUUGUGAGAAAUAUUUAGCAAGCGCGAUAACUUUAUCCCUCAACAUGGCAGCCUCCAGCAGCCAGUUAACUCAUAACUUUGGUGUCUUAUUACUUUAUUUUUAAGUAAAAACAAAUGGUUAUAUCAGAUAAAAUUCAUUAAUGACCAUUCAAUGAAUGAAAUAUC